AAGAUGAAAACAAUUAGCACCGCUUAUUCCAAGUCAUACUGAUAUACUCAAGUCUUUCCAUUUUGUCUUAUUCUUUUUUAUUCGCAAUUUGUUUCUGAAUGUGAGAAGUUAUUAUAAUAACAAGCUGAGUUUUAUUACUUUGGCAGAAAAAAAAUGAAAAUAAUAUUGAGUAUUCUCAAGUUAUUUGGUGCAAUCUUUGUAGUUGUGUUGCAGUUGUUUGUGAAUGGAGCUGUUGGUUGCUUAGACAAUGAGAGACAUGCUCUCCUUCAGUUGAAGGCCAGCCUGACGUUAGAUGACGACACUUUCCUUUUGUCUAGUUGGGACAGUAAGAGUGAUGAUUGCUGUGCAUGGGAAGGAAUCAGUUGUAACAAUCAAACCGGACAUGUUGAAAUGUUUCAUCUAAGUCCUCCUCGGUUUGGUUAUUUUCCAGGCGAGAUCAAUGCAUCAUUGAUGGAGCUGAGUCAUUUAAAAUAUUUGAACAUUAGUGGGAAUCAGGUUUUAGACAAUAUUUUUUCAGAAUUAUCUGGUUCUUUUACCAACUUGAGAUUCCUUGACCUCCGGGCUUCAUUUGGUGGGGGAAGAAUUCCAAAUGAUCUUGCUCGUCUUUCAGAGUUGAAAUAUCUUGAUCUUUCAUAUAAUAACCUACACGGUACAAUCCCUCAUCAACUUGGAAAUCUGUCUCACUUGCAACAUCUUGAUCUCAGUAGCAAUUUCGGCCUUGCUGGGACAAUCCCUCAUCAACUUGGAAAUCUCUCUCAUUUGCAGUACCUUGAUCUUUCAAGUAAUGAUCUUGUUGGAACCAUUCCUCACCAACUUGGAAAUCUCUCUCAUUUGCAGUACCUUGACCUUUCAGCGAAUGAUCUUGUUGGAACCAUUUCUCAUCAAUUUGGAAGACUUUCAAAUUUACAAGAACUUCAUCUUGGAGACAAUAGAAGACUCAAUGUUGGAGGUGAGUGGCUUUCUAAUCUCACUCUUUUAACCCAUCUUGACUUGAGUGGCAUGCCCAAUCUCAACUCUUCUCAUGUAUGGCUGCAAAUGAUUGCUAAGCUUCCUAAAAUACAAGAAUUGAAACUCUCUGGUUGUGCUCUUUCAGAUCUUUACCUUCAUUCUCUGUUUCGUUCACUCUUCAAUUUUUCUACUUCUCUUGCAAUCCUUGAUCUUUCACAUAAUGCCUUCUCAUCGUCCAAAAUAUUUGAAUGGGUGUUUAAUGCCACCUCCAACUUAAUCGACCUUGAUCUUAGCAGUAACAACUUCAAUGAUACCAUUACAUAUGAAUUUGGCAACAUGAAAAACCCUCUUGAACAUCUCGACUUGUCUAGUAAUGAACUCCAAGCUGGAAUUCCAGAAUUUAUUAGACAUAUGUGUAUGUUACAGUCAUUGCAUCUUGAUGGUAGCAACUUGAAUGAAGACAUUUCAACCAUUCUACACAAAUUGUCUGGUUGUGCAAGAUACUCGCUGCAACAUUUGAGUUUACGUGACAACCAAAUUACUGGAACAUUUCUUAAUCUUUCAAUAUUCCCAUCUCUAAUAACAAUCGACCUUUCAAAUAAUAUGCUAAGUGGGAAGGUUCCAGAUGAAAUUCCAAAAUCAUUGGAGUCUUUGAUAUUUCAAUCAAAUUCUUUAGAAGGCGGAAUUCCAAAAUCAUUUGGAAACCUAUGUUCAUUAAGAUCGCUAGAUUUGACAGGUAACAAGCUCAGUGAAGAUCUUUCAGUGAUACUUCAUAAUUUAUCUUUUGGGUGUGCAAAAGACUCACUUCAAGAAUUAAACAUGGAGAGCAACCAAAUUAUUGGCACAGUACCUGACAUGUCAAUGUUCUCAUCUUUAAGAACUUUGAUCCUAUCCAACAAUUCAUUAAAUGGGAGAAUACUAAAAAAAUCAACAUUCCCCUAUCAUUUAGAGAGUCUACGCUUGGAUUUUAAUAAUUUGAAAGGUGUUAUCACCGACUCUCAUUUUGGAAACAUGUCCAUGUUAAAGGAAUUAUACUUGAAUGACAACUCUUUGUCUGUUAUAUUCCGUGAAAAUAGGGUCCCAGCUUUUCAAUUGACUACCGUAGUGUUAAGGUCGUGUAUGUUAGGGCCUAGUUUUCCAAAAUGGUUUCAGAGUCAAAAAUGUCUUCAAAAGUUGGACAUUUCUAAAGCUGGAAUCUCAGAUGCAGUUCCAGUAUGGUUUUGGACUCAAACAAAAUAUUUAUAUUUCAUGAAUAUUUCAUACAAUAAUCUCAUUGGCACAAUUCCAAAUUUGCCUAUAAGAUUUUCUGAAGGUUGUCAAGUAUUUAUGGAUUCAAAUCAAUUUGAAGGUUCAAUCCCUUCGUUUUUUAAAAGUGCACAAUUGCUCGGGUUGUCGGAGAAUAAAUUUUCAGAAACUUCCUUGUUCUUAUGUGCUAACACUACAUCUGAUGGAUUGCAUAUGUUAGACCUAUCAAAGAAUCAGUUGUCAGGGCAGCUUCCUGAUUGUUGGAGUCAUUUGAAUUCAUUGUUAUUUCUGGAUUUGAGUGACAACACUCUCUCAGGUGAAGUUCCAUCCUCAAUGGGAUCAUUACUUGAACUUCAAGCAUUAAUAUUGCGAAACAAUAGUUUCACUGGGGAGUUUCCUUUCUCCUUGAAAAAUUGCACAAGACUAUUCAUGCUAGAUGCUGGAAAUAACAAAUUCUCAGGGCCAAUACCGUAUUGGUUAGGACAACAAUUGAGAAUGUUAAGCUUGAGAAGGAAUCAAUUCUAUGGAACUCUUCCACGGAGUUUUUGUUACUUAACAAACAUUCAGUUGUUGGACCUCUCUGAAAACAAUUUGUCAGGUCGAAUUUUCAAAUGCAUAAAGAAUUUUUCUGCAAUGUCUCAAAAUGUUUCCUCAACAACUAGUGACAUACCCGCUUAUAUAUCUUACACAGUUGCCGGUUCAGCUACUUAUUUAGACAUCGAUUUGAAUGCAUGGUUGAUGUGGAAAGGUGUAGAACGACAAUUCAAGAAUAAUGAGUUUAUUUUGAGGAGCAUUGAUCUUUCGAGCAAUCAUUUGACAGGAAACAUUCCAGAAGAAAUAGGAAUUUUGAUAGGAUUGGAGUCAUUGAAUUUAUCAAGAAACCAUUUGACAGGAGAAAUUACUUCAGAGAUUGGAAGGUUAACAUCACUUGAAUUUCUUGACUUGUCAAGAAACUAUUUCUAUGGUUUAAUUCCUCCUUCUCUAGCUCAAAUUGAUCGUCUGUCCAUGUUGAAUCUAUCCGAUAAUAAUCUUUCGGGUAGAAUUCCAAUUGGCACACAGUUACAAAGUUUUGAUGCAUCAAGUUAUGAAGGGAAUGUUGAUCUUUGUGGAAAACCACUCGACAGUAAUUGUCCAGGAGAUGAAAAGGUUACACCUCAGAAACCAGAAACAAAUGAAGAAAGUAGUCCAGAAGAUAAAAAACCAAUUUAUUUGAGUGUGGCAUUGGGCUUUAUCACAGGAUUUUGGGGACUGUGGGGAUCAUUGUUUCUUAUCAGGACUUGGAGACAUACAUAUGUGUUGUUCUUGAACCACAUAGUUGACACAAUGUAUGUGACUAUGGUGUUGAAUGGAAUUAAAUUUCAAAGGUGGCUUAGAGGUUUGCAGGAAAAGUUUUUCUAAGCACCUCCAAUCGAAUCAUGUGUGACUUUGUUGAAGAAGGGUGGCAGAACAAGUAACUGUUAUGAUCAGAGAAAAAUAAAAGGGUUCGAAUUUACAUAACCAAUUUCUGAAGCAUAUAUAUGUUAUUCUCAUAGAGAAAAAAAAAACAUGUUUUAUAAUCUUUGUUAUUGAGAUACUGUAAUGAUGGGACUUCAGUUUUCAAAUAUUGUUGUAUUGAAGUUAUUGAGCAAAUAAUGUGAUUGCUAUG